AUGUAUGAAUCCUGGAAGACCAUCAUCGCACUCUCCAGCUUUGUGCUGAGCACCACAGCUAAGGACGUGCCCUUCGAUGCUCAUCUCAUGGUUCAGCAAGCUGGACUGCCUUCCGUGCUCAGCAAUGGCUCCAGCCCGCCUCCUCAGCUUGACAUCCCAAGCACUCGUCCAGCUCGGUCCAUCGACCUGAGCCAGAUUGUGCCUGUCCAAGAUGCUUCUGGUAACAGCCGUUGCUGUCCCAUCGGAACUGUCAACGAUGGUACUGGCUGUGUUUUCCCUCACUCGUCUGUCUGUCCUGAGGGUACUCGUCUUGAGGGAAACACUUGCAUCAGCGAGAAGCCACCCAAGUGCCCUGAUGGUCUGAUCUACAAUGGUCGCAACUGUAUUGGUACCGCGCCUAGCUGCCCUCCUGGUAGCCGCUUCAACGGCGAGUCCUGCGAGUCCGAGGCCGAACCACGUUGCAACCCUGGGUUCAAAUACCAGGACGGCAACUGUGUGUCCCUUUCUGAAGCUGGAUGCCCUCCAGGAUUCACUCUAAAGAACCGUCUUUGUACUUCAAGCAGCAAGCCUCAAUGCCCUGCGCCUCUCAAGUACGAGGAUGGUAGCUGUGUCGAUUCGAAGCCGCCGGCUUGCCCUCCUGGCAGUAAACUAGCCGACGGCAACUGUAUUGGCGAAGUUCCUCCAUCCUGCCCUCCCGGCUAUGUAGUCAACAAGGGAGUAUGCACCCACGAGUCAAAGCCAAGAUGUCCUCCCGGAUCCAGCUUUGAUGGGACUGCUUGUGUCUCCGAGAAACCCCCGUCUUGUGAGCCAGGCUUCUUCAACGGCAAGGUCUGUGAAGACAAGCCCUCCUGCCCCCCUGGUUUCAACCUCGAGGGAAGAGUCUGUGUCUCUGAGAGCAAGGCCACCUGCCCCGGUGGAACCUACAUUGUCUCCGACAAGACCAGUGGAAAGUCAGCUUGCUGCUACAAAAACUUUGACUUCAAUGGAGACACCUGCUUCAAGUCUGUUGACCAUGAAGAUGACUGCCCUCCUGGAACACACUAUGAUAAGGGUCGCUGCUGGAUUAGCCCUACUGAAGAGCCCAGCUGCCCUACCGGUGGAAAGUGGAACGGAAAGACUUGUAUCGUUCAGUCUGUUCCUCAGUGCCGCGCUGGUCAAUACACUAAUGGGCGAUGCAUUAUCUCCGAAAGCCCUCGUUGCCGUCCUGGCGCAGUGUUCAACGGAGAGAACUGUGUCCUCGAAGAUCGCGCGGCUUGCCCUCCCGGAAGUGUUCUCAGCGGCAAGAAGUGUAUCUCCAGCACUCCUCCUGUCUGCGAGCCUGGCCACACUCUGACCGGCGACUACUGUAUCUCUGAAGAGCGUCCUCAAUGUCCUCGUGGAUCUACUGUCGUUGGCAGAUACUGCAAGUAUCCCGAUCUUCCUGUCUGCGAGCGUGGCACCAACCACCAUGAUGACGACUGCACCUCUUCCAUUACCCCAGAGUGCCCUACUGGAAGCUCUUUCAAUGGGGUCAACUGUAUCUCUAACGAUCGUCCUAUUUGCAGACCUGGUUAUAUCUUCAACGGGGCCACCUGUGUCUCCGAGAAAGACAUCCCAGCCUGCCCCAACAACAUGCAAUUCGAUGGUACCAACUGUGUUUCAAAGGAGCGACCUAUCUGUGAUCCUGGCAAGUCUUUCGAUGGUGGUGCUUGCGUCGAUCACUCUGAUCCCCAGUGCCGCCCUGGUCUUGUUUUCGACGGCACCAGCUGUGUUUCCAAGGAGCCUCCCCGUUGUGAGCCUGGAACAAGCUGGAACGGAAGCAAGUGUACUUCUGAGAAGAACCCUGGCUGUGCUCCUGGUAUGAAGUACAACUCUGAGACUGAGACUUGCGACUCAUCUCUGAAGCCCCGUUGCCCUACUGGAACUGAGCUCAGAGAUGAUAUCUGUGUUUCCGUAACCCCUCCUCAAUGCCCCACUGGGACCACCAGAAAGGGUGGCAAGUGUGUCUCUGUUGAACCUCCCCGUUGCCCUCGAGGUCUUACUCCCAGUGGUGGUCUUUGCAUCUCCACCAAGCUACCUGAGUGUGGCGAGGGCACUAUCUUCGAUGGCAAGCGAUGUGUCAUUGGCAAGACCGAGGAGUGCUAUACCCUUCACACCUGCCCACCUGUUGGUGCUCCUGGUCUCCCUGCUCUGGCUGGCCACUAA